AUGACGACGACGACGACCCCGCGCGCGUCGCCGACGCGCGCGUCCUCGUCGCUCGCCCGCGGCGGCGCGUCGACGCCGACGCCGACGCCGACGCGCGUCCGCCUCGCCCCGCGAUCCUCUCGCGCGAUCGCGUUUCGACGACGACGGUCGCUCGCGACGACGACGCGCGCGGCGGCCAGCGAAGAAGACGACAUCGAAGCCAUCGAAGCUCGACUGAAGCGCAAUAAAGGGAAGAACAAGAAGGGAGGCGACUCCGGGUACUUCGACUCGUACCCGGAGGCGAAGACGAACUAUCCCAAAGGGGAGUGGGAGGUGGACCCGGGGGCGUGGGACGCGAGAGGAUUCGGGGACAAGGCGUGGAGCGCGUGGAGCGGCGAGCCCGGGGUGUUGUGGUGGAUGAACAAAGGGUCGUUCUGGGGGGCGGGGAUCCUCGCGUUCUGUUGGGUCUUGUUCCGGCUCGUCGGGCCCGCGCUCGGGUUGUAUCAGCUCAACUGA